AUGUUUGGCGGGACCCAAGCUCACAAGUACCGACUCAAGGUCACAGCAGGAGCGGAGUACAACCCAGAUAGCCACAAGAUCGUACCUGUCAACAGGGACCAGACACUACGAAUCGAGAAUGACCUUGCGACAGUGAGUCUCUGCGUUCGGAUCCAGAACUACACCGGUGAGCACGACCCCCAUCUCUCCGCGGCGCCUGGGAAAAAGAAGCUCACGAUCAGGAAACAAGGCUACCCGGACGACUCUCCCGAAACACACCCCUACUUCUCGCACCCCCUCCACCAAAACGACCAAUACUCCAUUUCCUUCGCCAUCGUCUUCAAGAAACCCGUCAACGGCAACGACCUGAUCUUCGGCAAUGACUUCGACAGACCCAUCCGCGACCGCCUUCCACCGGGCUUCAACGCCGCGCUGAAACUCGUCAAAUGGACCAUCGACCCGGCCAUGGACGGCGACGCGUACGCGGAUAAACCGCACCUGUAUAGUCCCGCCGUGGCCGCGCUGAACCAGUUCCGGAUUGGGGAGACGAUCGCGAAGAAUGAUGAGGUGCCGACUGUGCAUGAUGUGGUUGUUGAGGAGGGGGCUGAUGGGUCGGGCGUGGAGGAGCGCGCGCAGUGGGGCAUUCCCGAGGGUGUAGCGGAGCGGCGCAAGAUGUUCCAGAAUGAGGAGGAGAGAAAGAAGUUUGUGUUUGAGCCGGGGAGGGUGUAUUCGGCGGAUUUUGGGAAUCCGUAUCUCGUUUUUAAUGGUUGGUCUACCCUCGUUUACCUUGGUUUGCAGAUGGGGGGCUGGGCUGACGAUGGGUUAGAUUUCUCGCUGCGGCUUCCUGGGUUGACGGUCCAUGCGACCAAGUUCAUUGACGAGAAGAACCAUGACCUGCGGUAUGUUUUGAAGAAUAGGGAGACGGGGGAGGUUUAUUUUGUUGUGCUGUUCACGCUCAUCUUGCUGGAUACGGAGAAAGAGCCGGAGGUCAAGGAGCGCUCUAAGCAGGAGAUCCAGGAGAGCACGGAGAAGCAUGGGGAGAAUGAGGGAAAACUAGGCAAGUUUGAAUGGGAGCCGGAACCGUCAGCGGGGGAUGUAGAGUAA